GCAAACCCAACGUUUUUUACUGCUAGCAGAGAAGAGAAUUUCGUCUGUUUCUGUGUUUCUGUCGGUCGAGAAAUUUGCUAUGUAUUUCAUUUUUUCUUAGUAUACAGUAUUAUUCACCAUGUCAAGACUCGGUUUCGUAUCGAGUAGGUGUUUGAGCUGGUCUAGGACGUCUACUCUCAAGACCAUCAAAAGAACUUUUUUGUCAGAGGCGUACCCAUGUAGAGAGGCAUGGGAUAAAAGGUUAGAAUCACCCAUUUUGAAAAAAGUAAAUCUUCAAACUCUUUAUCAAGAAAUAGAUUGGCACUACUCAGAAACAGGAAAGAUUAAUGCCAUAGACGCAGAUAUCUUCAUUAAUGCCAAUACAAAGAAGGGCUACAUGGAGGAUGUGGAAGAUAUUGUUCGUAAACUACGUGCGACUACUGACACAAGCAGUACAUUUCCAUCUUCACAUCAUGCUGUUGUUCGAAUAAUGUUGGAUGCAGGGAAGGAAGACACACUCUUAAAGAUGCUUAAUGAUAGGAUAACUUAUGGGAUUUAUCCUGACCAUUAUUGCACAAAUCUUCUCAUGGACUCAUUUAUAAAGCAAGGGAAGUAUGCAGCUGCAGCAAGAGUUGCUGUUCUACAAAUGCUCCAAGAAGACUGGGAAAAUCCUCUAGCAACUCGCCUUUCAUUGUAUUCUUGUCAUAUGUAUCUUAAAAACUUGGAUCAGCCUUGGUAUUGUGAAGGAGAGUUGGUGCCUCCUGCGCCAGAACCUAAAGAAGUGGUUAAAAUACGAGUCAAAUACAUCAUAAAACCCUAUUUCGACAAUCAUUUUGAUUUAAAAGAUCCUAUGGUUUUGGUUGGCAAGACAUUAAGUAUGUUCAGCUCAAAGGUGGGAGGAAGUGAACAGCUCGCCACUUCAUAUUUUUUGCUUGGCCUGACACUGCAGCAAAAAUGGGAGGAUGUGAUGGAACUUACCAACACUUUGAUCAAAAAUAAAAAGCAAGUGCAUAGAGAAAUCCUUGGAAUUGCCCAAAAACAUAUUGAAGUUAAACAAGUUGAAGAAACUUCCACAGAACAGAAACCAGCAUCUAAACCAGCCAAAUCCGAUCCUGCUCAAGAAGCAAAAGAAGCCAAGCUAAAAGCUGAGCUAGAGACUAAGUUGAAAGUUUCUGAAACACUCAGAAGUCUUGAAGUAUCUGCUAUAGAUGCUGACUUACUAGCUGAAACAUCAACCUUAGUGAAGGAUGCAGUUAAACAGCUGGAAACUAAGCAAAUCGAAGAACAGAAACAGCUUUACAGUAAGUGGGAUGAGGAUCGGCUUGCAGCUUUAAAGGUUCAUCAAGAAGAAUUAAGAAAAGAAGAAGCUCUGCAGCGUAUUGCACAACAAAAGGAGGAACUUGCUCAGAAGGAAAGGGAGAUCUUUUUCUUUGACAUUGAGGAUAAGCUGGACCUAAUGAUUGAGGAGAAGGAAGAAGCUCUGAGUAAAAUAGACAACAAGUAUACCAAACUGAAAGAAGACAAAGCAGCCAAAGAUGCCGAGUAUGUUCCUCCAGAAGUAUUUAAACGAGCCCAAUAAGUGUCAUAGCAAUAUUAAUUUUCAGUAAAUAAAAAUGUAUAGUUACAUCCAACUAUUA